GUUAAAACCAUGGCACUGAAACAGAUUUCCAGCAACAAAUGCUUCGAGGGUUUCCAGAAGGUGUUUGAACAUGACAGUGCAGAGCUGAAAUGCAAAAUGAAAUUUGGAAUCUACUUGCCUCCAAAAGCAGAAACCAAAAGGUGUCCUGUGCUGUAUUGGCUCUCAGGGUUAACUUGCACAGAACAGAAUUUUAUAACGAAAGCUGGUUUUCAUCAAGCUGCAGCUGAAUAUGGCCUCAUUGUAGUCGCGCCAGACACAAGCCCACGUGGCUGCAAUAUUGAAGGAGAAGACGAAAGCUGGGAUUUUGGCACCGGUGCUGGUUUUUAUGUGGAUGCCACUGAAGAUCCUUGGAAAACAAACUAUAGGAUGUAUUCCUACAUAAAGGAUGAGCUGCCUAAACUAAUAAAUGCGAAUUUUCCAACUGACCCUGACCGGAUGUCUAUUUUUGGGCAUUCCAUGGGAGGUCAUGGAGCUCUUAUUCUUGCUCUGAAGAAUCCUGGAAAGUACAAAGUAAGAUAUAAUACAGCUUGCAACCCAAUUCAGUGUCAGUGGGGGAAGAAAGCCCUUGGUGGAUAUCUGGGAUCGGAUGUAAGCAAAUGGGAGGCAUACGACGCUACACAACUUGUGAAGUCCUAUCCGGACUCUCACCUGGACAUCCUGAUUGACCAAGGCAAAGAUGACCAGUUUCUAUCAGCUGGCCAGUUACUGCCUGAUAACUUCAUCGCGGCCUGCACAGAGCGGAAAAUCCCGGUCGUCUUUAGACUGCAGCAGGGUUACGAUCACAGCUAUUUUUUCAUUGCUACAUUUAUUAAUGACCACAUCAAACAUCAUGCAAAAUACCUCAAUGCUUGAACCGUUUGGAUGUGUCAUCUGUCCAAUAGGAAUCAAGGGACAGGGCGGAACUAAAGAAAAAUCAUUUGCUGAAGUAGUGUCUGUAAAAUGGAGCUCUUCUGAUUGUACUGCUGAGAAAAAUAAAAGUCCCACUUAAUUUGA